UUUGCGUGGGUUUCCUCCAGGUCUUUCUGUUUCCUUCCACUGUCCAAAAACGAGCAUGUUGGCAGACUUGCUAUGCUAAAUUGCCUUUAGGUAUGAAUGAAUGUGUGAAUGUAUAUGUGUGAAUGCGAUGAACUGGCAUCCCAUUUAGGUGAGACCUCCUGCCUUAUUGGGAUUUGUUUCUGGCCCACCAUGACCCCAACCAGGAUAAAGUGAAGAUUAAUGAAUGAGCUUUGAAGAUGUUGACACAUUGAAAUAGAUAGAAAUAUUCAAAUGAUCUUAUUACCUCUUAUAACACGUUUCCAACAGUCAUCCUGAACAGGCUCUGUGUUAAUGAUCUAUCGCAAGACAAUAAUGACUUUUUUCCAAGGCCCCACGAUGUAUCUAAGGUCAUUAACUGUGUAUGAAGCAAACACUAGUUGGGCAACUUGAACCACUCCCCCUAUUUUUGACCAGUGUCACAAGUGAUUUAAUCAGCAUUUCAUUUGAUACAAUGGUGGGGAACAGAUUCUGUACCUGUUUAGCAAUUUUGUUGCUGAGCUUGUCUGAAAUGGCUCACAGUGGCAAUGUACUGGUGCUUCCUGGUGAAUACAGUCACUGGCACAACAUGCGCAUGAUUGUUGAGGAGCUCCUGGACCGGAACCACAGUGUGACCAUCCUCAUGCACAGUGCCUCACCUACAGUGAAACAUGGCCAAAAAGAGCGGUUCAAAUUUAUAUCUUUUGAAAUCAACAUGGAGCAACAGGACGCAGACAACGUGUGGCAUAACUUUAUCAGUGCAUGGAUGAAUCAAAGUACUGCCAGCUUUCCUGGCCAGCUGAGCUUGAUUUGGAACAUGAUGUCUGAGAUGUCUCAUUAUAUACAAGCUGUGUGCAAUGGAAUGUUUAGUAACCAAGAUCUUGUGACUUUACUGAAGGAGUUGCAUUUCGAUGUACUUCUAUAUGACCCCAUGAUGCCAUGUGCUGAUAUAAUGGCAUACAUUCUUGAGCUGCCCAGUGUGAUGUCUCUCCGGAUCAGUUUUGCGUAUAUUCUUGAGCGGCUCUGUGGGCAAAUGCCCGCUCCACCAUCUUAUGUACCUGCGGCUGGUGCUCAGGGGCAUCUCACUGAUCACAUGGACUUUACAGAGCGUUUAGAGAACAUGCUACUAUACAUAGGACACACGGCAGUGAACUUCCUUCACAAAACGUUUACAUUUGAUAAAUAUUUCUCCGAAAUAACCGGCAAACCUACAACACUAUGUGAUACUAUUGGCAAAGCUGACAUCUGGUUAAUCCGCACGUAUUGGGACUUUGAAUAUCCACGGCCACUCCUCCCAAACUUCAAAUUUGUGGGUGGCUUACAUUGCAAGCCUGCAAAACCUCUACCAAAAGAGAUGGAGGACUUUGUGCAGAGCUCGGGAGAUGACGGUAUUGUAGUGUUUUCACUGGGAUCCAUGAUAAAAAACCUCACCAAAGAGAGAGCGAACACCAUCGCUUCAGCGCUCGGCCAGAUCCCCCAAAAGGUCUUGUGGCGAUACAUAGGCGAGAAACCAGAAACUCUUGCUCCUAAUACUAGACUCUAUGACUGGAUUCCCCAGAAUGAUUUACUAGGACAUCCUAAAACCAAGGCCUUCAUCACCCAUGGUGGGACAAAUGGAAUAUAUGAAGCGAUUUAUCAUGGAGUUCCCAUGGUGGGCCUGCCGCUGUUUGCGGAUCAGCCUGACAAUGUAAAUCACAUGAAAACCAAGGGAGCUGCUGUUAUGCUUGACUUUAACAAAAUGGAGACCAAGGACUUGAAGCAGGCUGUCAAUGAUGUCAUUAACAAUCCAUCCUACAAGAAGAGCAUGAUGAGACUAUCCCGAAUCCACCACGAUCAACCAGUGAAGCCGCUAGACCAGGCCGUCUUCUGGAUUGAGUUUGUGAUGCGCAAUAAGGGGGCCAAGCACCUGAGGGUCGAAGCCCAUAACCUCACGUGGUAUCAGUACCACUGCUUGGACGUGGCAGCCUUUUUGCUUUCUGUUAUCGCACUAGUCGUGUUCAUCUUUGUGAAAACAUGCAGUUGGCUCUUCCGUAAAUGUUUCAGAAAGACUCCAGCUAAGAGGAAGAAAGAGUGAAGCAUGCAUAUAUGAAUGUAUUAAUAAGUACUGUGAUAUUUUGACAUAGAUUUUAGGAAUAACACACACUGUUACAUGUACAUUAUACAUUCGAGAGGUUUUUACUGUUUAUACAGUGCAGUAUAGUACUGUAUGUCCAGGUUUACUUUUAAAUGAUUCCAACACUAUUGAGAACAAAGCAAUUAAACAGAGAUUUUUAUCUGCA